AUGGAAUGCAAGAUCUGCUCAGAGCUGAAGCCAAGAUUCAACUGUUUCAAAGGAAAAUUGAUACAAUCAACUCGGCCUUUUGAAAGGAUCAACAUUGACUUCGAAGGACCCCUGCCAUCAUCAACUAGAAACAAGUACAUCCUCACUAUUGUGGAUGAAUAUUCGAGAUUUCCCUUUGCCUAUCCCUGUCGAGACAUGUCAUCAGAAACAGUAAUUCAAAAUCUCAAUGACCUAUUCACCACAUACGGCUAUCCUUCAUACAUACACACUGAUAGAGGGACCAGUUUUCUAUCAAAAGAUGUCAAAGAUUACUUAAUGUCCAAGGGUGUAGCUACCAGCUCCACAACACCUUACAACCCUCAAGGAACAUGGAUACUGGGAAAAGGUACUCUUAGAAUCACUAAGCAGCAUUCGCUCGCUUCUCUGCACGACCAUCAAUUGCACACCUCACGAGCGAAUGUUCAUUCAUCCUCGCAAUUCCACGUCUAUGACAAACUUGCCAUCCUGGCUGAUCAACGCCAAGGAGGCAUGGAUGAAGACCUUUGUAAGACGCAGUAA